AUGGUUUACUCUCGCAUCGCGCUGGCUGGUGCCACCGGCAAUCUCGGCGGCCCCAUCCUCAAGGUUCUCCUCGAAGCUGGUUUCCACGUCACGGCCCUCACUCGAAACGGGGGAAACUUGUCAAGACUGCCUAUCCACCCAAGCCUUGAGAUAGUGGAAGUCGACGUCAACUCUUUCGAAUCCCUUUUACCUGCCUUGGCCGGCAUCGACGUCGUCAUCUCAUGCCUGGCCACGCUGGCCAUCGGGGGUCAGAAACCAUUGAUCGAUGCCGCCGUCUCUGCCGAGGUCAAGGUCUUCAUCCCAGCCGAGUUCGGUAUGGAUUCCGCCAACCCGCUCUGCGCACAGUUGCCCGUCUGCGCCCCAAAGGUUGCCGUCCAGGAAUACCUCCUGAAGAAGUCACGGGAAAACCCAGCUUUCACCUUCACGGCCAUCGCGAACGGACUUUUCCUCGAUUGGGGUCUCCAGAACGGCCUCAUCAUUGAUCUCAAAGACCAUACCGCUAUACUGUACAACGGCGGCGACGUGCCUUUCAGCGCGACGACGCUCGCUGAUGUCGCGACGGCCGUGCUCGGCGUCAUUCGAAACCGGUCUCAGACCGCGAACCGCGUUGUGUAUAUCCAUUCUGCUUUGGUGACUCAGAACCAGCUCAUUGAAUACGCGAAAGACGUCGACGGGAUGGACUGGAGUACGUCUGUCAAAGAUACAGAAGAGCUCCGCCGAGAGUGUCUCGCGGAGCUUGCCAAAGGGUCAGAUGCGGACGUCGAUGCUGCGAUGUUGGGAUUCUGCUUUUGCGGGUCGUUGAGUCGUGAUUACGGCUGUGAUUUCUCUAGCAAGCUAGACAACACUUUGUUGGGUGUAAAGGGAAUGAGCGACGGCGAUUUGCGCUCAAUGAUGGUAGGCUACCUAGGGAAGCUGUAA